UUUUCAAUCUAAUAGUUUAUACUUUAUGAGGCAUAGAAAACACAUACUCCUAGUACACAAUCCCUCAUUGGUUUCUAUAAAGAAGUCAAAUGUGAUUCGCUCUGUCUGUUAGUGUAAAUUGUUGAGAUAGCCAGCUAAGGUCAAUGAUAGAGAGAGAGAGAGAGAGAGAGAGAGAGAGAGAGAGAGAGAGAGGGGUAAAACACAGUUGGCGUAAUUGACCAUUUGGUUUGGAGUUUCAGACUUCAGUGGGUUUCCAGAAAGCUGGAGAGAGAGGGAAGGAAAGGAGCCCUGUGAAGUUUCUUGAAUUCUUGAAAACCCUUCUUGUUCUCUAGAACCAUUUCUUUGCUGUAUUAGGUUGAGUGUCUUUUGUGCUCUCUUCUUUGCCCAUAUUUUGAGGAUCUGGGCGUUGGUUUCUAGAGUUCGAGGUUAUGAUUCUCUCUUUGUUUCUGUUUCUUCCAAUUUAAUUCUCUUGUUUGACUUUCUAUUGUUUUCUCUCGUGUCACCGACCCAGAAUGUCAAUGUGGUCCUCUUGAUUUCAAUACUUGAACCCUGAAAUCUGUUGUGGGUUUUGUCUUUUUUGUACCUCAAGAAUGUUUAAUCUGGGUUUUUCAUUGAGAUACUUUCACCCAAUUUCUUGUUUUUCUCUUUGAAUUUUGCCUUAAAGCAAAGUCCCCAGGGGUUUCCCUCCUUAACCUAGGGUUUUGAUUUUUGAAACCAAAGCUUAGAUUCUGGGUAAGCUUUUACAUUUAUUCCUCUUGCUUCCUUUUGACAACAGGUUUGAAACCAAAACCUGCUUUUUGGGUUUUCAAACUUCAUGGGCUAAACAAAAAUCUCAUAAGUUCUAUUACAGUGUAGCUUGAGCCUGUUUAUCUUUCUUGGGUUCUUUCAAUGCAUAUUUCACUAUGGAAGCCAAUCUCUCACUGUGCUUCUCUGAUUCUGGACAAGAAGAGAAGAGAAAAAGAUGGGUCUAGCCACUCAUCCCAAGAAAUCAACAGAAACCCAUCAAUUCUUAGAAAAUUGCAAGAGCACAAGCUCAGGGAAGCUCUUGAGGAAGCAUCUGAAGAUGGGUCCCUUGUUAAAUCCCAAGAAAUGGAUUUCGAAUCGACUGCUCCGAAUCACGGAAAUGGCUUAGGGAGAUCAAGAUCCCUUGCUAGGCUCAAUGCCCAGAAGGAAUUCCUCAGAGCCACUUCUCUUGUGGCCGACCACAAAUUCGAAUCCGAAGACUCCAUUCCUUGCCUAAAUGAAUCUUUCGAGAAGUUCCUUACAGUGUACCCGAAGUACCAAUCGUCUGAAAAGAUCGAUGAGCUGAGGGAAAAUGAGUAUGCAAACCUAUCGGGGUCACACCCUAAGGUAUGUCUUGAUUAUUGUGGAUUUGGGUUGUUUUCUUUUCUCCAAACAGUUCAGUAUUGGGAAUCAUCCACAUUUAGCUUAUCUGAGAUUACUACAAAUUUGAGCAAUCAUGUCUUAUAUGGAGGUGCUGGGGAGGGCACUAUAGAACGUGAUAUAAAGACUAGGAUUAUGGAUUAUUUGAACAUCCCUGAGAAUGAAUAUGGCCUUGUUUUUACUGUUAGUAGAGGGUCCGCAUUUCAAUUGCUUGCUGAAUCAUACCCUUUUCAAACAAACAAGAAGUUGUUAACCAUGUUUGAUCAUGAGAGCCAGUCAGUCAAUAUGAUGGCUCAGGGUGCCAGAGAUAAAGGUGCAGAAGUUCACAGUGCUUGGUUUAAAUGGCCAACCCUCAAAUUAUGCUCAACUGAUCUCAGAAAGCGGAUUUCAAACAAGAAAAAGAGGAAAAAGGAUUCGGCAACUGGUCUUUUUGUGUUUCCUGUCCAGUCUAGAGUCACUGGUGCUAAGUAUUCAUACCAGUGGAUGGCAUUAGCUCAACAGAACAAUUGGCAUGUCUUGCUUGAUGCUGGGUCAUUAGGUCCCAAAGACAUGGAUUCUCUUGGAUUGUCUCUAUUUAGGCCGGAUUUCAUUAUCACCUCAUUUUAUAGGGUAUUUGGCUAUGACCCAACUGGAUUUGGGUGUCUUCUCAUUAAAAAGUCAGUGCUGGGGAGCCUUCAAAAUCGGUCUGGGCACACUGGUUCUGGUAUCGUCAAAAUUACCCCAGUUUUUCCUCUGUACCUGAGUGACUCUGCUGAUGGGUUACCUGAAUUUCAUGGAGUUGAAGAUGAUGAAGCCUGCGGGGAUGGGGAAUUAUCUACUGCAACUCAUCCAAGGCAGCUGUUGCCUGCCUUUUCUGGUGUUUACACUUCUGCUCAGGUGAGGGAUGUAUUUGAGACUCAGAUGGAUCCGGAUAACAGCUCUGAUAAGGAUGGGGCAAGCACCAUAUGUGAAGAAACUGAGAGUAUGUGUGCUGGAGAGGUGAUGAGGAGUCCUGUUUUCAGUGAAGAUGAGUCAUCCGAAAACUCGAUAUGGAUUGAUUUGGGUCAGAGUCCUUUGGGGUCAAAUGACAAACAGAAGGUUUCCUCUCCCGUACCACCUGUUUGGUUUACUGGGAAGAAGACCAAGCGCCUUUCUCCAAAACCGUCAUCCAAAUCUUCCAACUGCCCAGUAUACGAUGAAGAGGUGCAUCCAGCUUCCGAGGAGGACACCCACAUGCUGUCAUUCGAUGCUGCUGUUCUAUCUGUGUCACAGGAUUCUGAACAUCUUAAGGAAGUUACAGAAGAACCAUUAACUGUAGAACAAUCCUUUUCUCAAAAUGGUGAAAAGGAUUUAGGCCAGAAAAAUGAUCUGGAAAUUCAGGAGGAACCUCAAGCAAGGAAAUAUUCUGGGGUAAGUAGAUCUCGCCUAAAAGAGUCCCCGGACAAUGGCUCAACCUCUGAGAUUUGUAUGGAGUCGAAAUCGAGCAUGAUAAGAAGAGAGACAGAAGGGGAGUUUAGGUUGUUGGGGAGGAGGGAAGGUGGUAGGUUUUUUGGGGUGGAAGAGAUUGAACAGCCUGAUAGCAAGGGAAGAAAGGUAUCGUCUGGUUCGGAAGAUCACCACACGGAGCAUCUGAGCAACACAAUCGAACCAGGAGACUUAUCGGCCGCAAGUUUGGAUGAUGAGGAGUACGUCAGUGAUGGAGAAUAUGGUGACGGGCAAGAUUCAGACCGAAGGGAACCUGAGAUAGAGUGCAGGCAUCUUGAUCACAUAAACAUGUUGGGUCUCAACAAGACCACUCUCAGGUUGAGGUUCUUGAUCAACUGGCUUGUGACAUCGUUACUGCGGUUAAGGUUACCCUCUCUUGAUGGGAAGGAACCUGUGCCACUCGUUCACAUUUAUGGCCCCAAGAUUGAGUACGAAAGGGGUGCUUCUGUAGCUUUCAAUGUGAGAGAUGGAAAUCAGGGUCUAAUCAAUCCGGAACUCGUCCAGAAGCUGGCGGAGAUAAAUGGUAUCUCUCUCGGGAUUGGUAUUCUAAGUCACAUAAGGAUUUUGGACAGUCUGAAACAGCAACGAGGGUAUCUCAAUCUUGACGAGACUGCCCUUUGCAGGCCAAUGGAAACUGAGGGGCGCGAUCGAAAAAGUGGGUUCAUUCGAGUUGAGGUUGUCACAGCUUCUCUUGGCUUUUUGACUAAUUUCAAUGAUGUUUACACGCUGUGGGCAUUUGUUGCAAAGUUCCUUGAUCCAGCAUUUAUCAGAGAGGGUGGAUCUCAAACUGUUGCUGAAUGUUCAGAGGCAUAAGGCUGCAAUCAAGUAUGUAGUACUGACUCUACAUUGUAUUUCAAUGUAAAGAUGGAUCUGCACAGUGUAAUGGUUUUGGGAAAUUGCAUUGACAGAAUGAGGAGUUGAUGGUUUUAUGUGCGAUGUCCUUUGAUCUUUCCUGGAGGCGGCUCAGCAGCAAGCGGGUGGAUUUGUUCAUUCAUGUUCCGAAUUGCUUGGAGUUUCCUUUUUUGCCUUCCAGGGGUAUCCUAGUUUUGUAGGGUUUGGAUUUUGAUGUUCAAAAAAGAAAGUUCUAUGAUAGGAGUGUGCUAUACAAGCUUGUUUUUUUCUGCUUGUGUGUAAGAUUCAGCUUUAUAUGCCGAGCAAAAAACAAAAGAUUCAGCUUUAUAUAAAUGUGUUCUAUGAUAGGAAUGUGCCACAGAA